AUGGCAACAAGGAGAAACGUUUCUUCAGCAGCCACCACAGAGGAGACUGAUGGCCCAUUGAAUCAAACUACGGCUACUGCUACCGUAACCGAAAAGCAACCCUGUAUCGACGAAGCCAUCGCAAGAAACUGGGAAAUUCCUAACUUUACCAUCAAAGAAAUUCGUGAAGCUAUACCCGCCCAUUGUUUCCGCCGUGAUACUUUCCGUUCCUUUACUUAUGUGAUUCAUGAUUUUGCCAUUAUUAGUUUAUUGGGCUAUUUAGCCACUUACAUCGACACUUUACCCAAUGUAUGGGCUCGCAUUUUACUAUGGCCUGUCUAUUGGGUUUGUCAAGGUAUUGUUGGUACCGGUGUUUGGGUAUUGGGCCAUGAAUGCGGUCAUCAAGCUUUCAGUCCUUCCAAAACCAUCAACAAUACAGUUGGAUUUGUGUUGCAUUCACUUCUUUUAGUUCCUUAUCAUUCAUGGCGUUUCUCGCAUUCAAGACAUCAUAAAGCCACAGGACACAUGUCAAAGGAUCAGGUCUUUCUUCCUCACACUCGAUCCGAGUUCGCACAUAAAAUCCCUGCUACUCGUGACCAAGACCCCAUUCCUGACGGCCCACAUGAUGCGUUUGAAGAAUCACCCAUUUAUGCUUUAUGGCGCAUGUUUCUCAUGUUCACUGUAGGCUGGCCUCUUUACUUGUUCGUCAAUGCUUCUGGUCAGCCUUAUCCUGGUUGGGCCUCUCAUUUUAAUCCUCGCUGUGCUAUCUAUGAAGAACAUCAAUUCUGGGAUGUGAUGAAUUCUACAGCUGGUGUUGUCGGUAUGAUUGGUCUCCUUACCUACUGCGGCCAAGUGUUCGGUUCGUUGGCUAUGAUCAAAUACUAUGUCAUUCCUUAUUUGAACGUCAACUUCUGGCUUAUCCUCAUCACUUAUUUACAACACACCGAUCCAAAGUUGCCUCAUUAUCGUGAAAAUGUAUGGAAUUUCCAAAGAGGAGCUGCUUUGACCGUCGACAGAUCUUACGGUGCUAUUUUGAACUAUUUCCAUCAUCACAUUUCUGAUACCCACGUUGCCCACCAUUUCUUCUCUACUAUGCCUCAUUAUCACGCUGAGGAAGCCACCAAACAUAUCAAGAAGGCUUUGGGUAAACAUUAUCAGAAGGAUGAUACGCCUAUUCCUGUCGCUUUAUGGAGAACCUAUAACGCUUGUAAAUUCGUCGAAGAUGAAGGUGAUGUCGUUUUCUACAAGAAUUAA